CCUCCUCUCAAUCGGCAACAGCGGCAACAAGAAGAUAGCAGCUAGGUUCGACGUUGCAGGAUGGGCUUCUUGGUGAGGUCCGCGUCCGUCGCCUGUGGGCUUUUGCUCUUCUUUCCGAGUCUGCCGCAAGUGGCAGCCCAGGACUAUACUUGUGAGGUUACCAAAACCAUCAGCGGCGAGGCAACUUGCCUCGACCCGUUUGAUGGGGGCACGUGCAGCGCCGGAGAUGUCGAGCCGUGUUUUGUCUGUUUGGAGCGCCGCCCACUCAUCACGCCCCUCAUCGCUGCCUUGCUCUUGUUUCCGACAGCUACCAGCCAACGCUCUUGACGUCGUUCCUCCCAGCCAGCUCUGCGACGGAUCGGUGACCUCCGUUACCUUCAAGGGGGACUUGACAUUCGACUCAACCGGUAAUGGUGGCCGACAAGACGUGGGAAUGUGGCUUGGCGAAUUUAACCCGCCCGGUGGACAGUGCCGCGUUUACGGGUUCCAGUGCGAUGGAACAGAAUUUGACCUGGAGAACUAUGACGACGACAUUUGUGCAGACGUCCAGCAAGGCUUAACCAAGUUUAAAGGGAUCGAAUUCACGGUGCCGUGCGAGGGGAACGAGGCUGGCGAAUUGGUAGUACCGUACUGCGUCUCGGCGAAGACUUCGGGGCAAGACAUAGAAGAGUGUAAAACCACCGACGACAUUUUCCCUGGCCCUGAUUCCAAGUGCAAGUGUCCGGAAGCUCCUUUGGUGAUCUCCGCCCUUAAAGUCUGCCCGGAUUUGGAAACCAUCUCCGUCACGCCAUCUCUGGUCGGCGAUGUUUGUGUCGGAGAUGGAUCGGAUUUCCUCCUCACGUUCGAAAAUAUCCCGACAGCUGCCGGGGUCAGCUACACCAUCGCCGCGAAGGAUGGCAGUCUUAACAUCGUUGACAUAGAUGGUGAUCUUGACGGGACCACCGCGACCGAAAAUCUGUACCCCACCAUCGAGUACGACAUUGAGUUGGCUAUCGCUUUCGAGAACGACAAACCUGACUGUGGCACCGUCACCCUCGGCUUGAACCCCACCUGCAGUUGCGGAGAAUCGGGUUGCCCCGAUGGCCUCAUCUGCUGCGAAAAGAAGGACUAUUGUGACGUUUUCGGAGAUGAAAGCGUCGACGGCGUGAUCUGCGGUGACCCUCACAUGACCGGCUUCCUGGGACAAAAGUUCGACUUUACGGGAGAGGACGGAGGGUGGUACUCCGUCAUCGCCGACUCCAACAUGAAUGUCAACAUGCGGGUCACGUCCCCCGUCGCCGACCUGCCCGAGAUCACCUACAUCACCGGUCUGUCCGUCCUCACUACCGACACCGACGGUUUGGAACACAGCAUCGUUAUCGAGGUCAUCGACCCGCACAACCUGGACAGCUCUUGCCCGGCCGGAGUUUCGCCCUGCCUCGGGGACGGCGCGCUCGUCGUGCUUCUCGACGGGGUAGAGUCGUUGUUCGCCCCCGGCACGGUUGCUCUGGGGGCAGACGUGGAAGUCUCGGCGGCCAACCUCCCUGGCGCCUGCCGCUCGUUCGGCUUCGAGAAGUACUGGGAGCGCAAGAAGCUCGAGAACGCCCGCGCAGGCCGCCUCCUGCGCACCACGCCGAGCAUGGGCGAAUGGAUCCUCGGGGACCCCACGGCCACCAACAUGAACGAGUGCGUGGAAUACGUGGCGCGCGCCGAGGCCGAGGAAGGCGGGGUUUUCGCUCACCAGUCCGAGCACGUUUCCUUCCAGAUCGUUACUCCCAAGGCGACCGUCCGCCUGAGCCACGGCAGGCUUCACCAGAUCGCCAUGCGCGACCCGACCGACCGGUUCGACCUCCCCGACCACUUGACCUGGCAGAUGAACAUGGCGAUUCACCACGAGGACGUGAGCCACGCUGCCAAGGGCAUCCUCGGGCAAACGUUCGUGCCGACGCGUGACGCGGACGGCAAGCCCAUCAUGACCGGCUUGGAGGCGAUCCGCGGAUCGGAGGAAGACUACCGUGUGGAUGGAGCUCUUGGCGUGGACUUCGUUCAAGACGCCCACACCUCUUAGGCGCUGAACUUGAAACGGAACGAACGUGCCUAUGUAUAACGAGCGAUUCCGACGCACGUUUAUGCAUGCACGAGGCUCCCGUUGCUGCAGCCGAGGUGUAUCGUUACCGGGCUCCUUCGCGCCCUGUACUCGGAGAGUCCUACACGCAGGUUGGCAGGGAUGGAAUUGUUCAUUGUACUACAUACAUACGCCAUGUACGGCAUACAUACCUCGUCACUCAUCAACGAGGGGGAACCGAGGCUACUCACCAUGUUGCUAUCGAACCAGUGGGGGCAGCGUAUGAUCCAUAGAACACAAGUAAGUGUGAGAGGUUGAAGCUGGGGGGACAAAAUAUGUCUAAAAAUGUACAGCAGUGUGACGGGGAGGUUUCGAAUUUGUAUACUUUUGAGUCGGAGAGCUCGCGGAUACCUGCGGAGGAAUGGCGACUUGCGGGUUACAUUUAUUUGUGAUCCGCGAGUGUUUUUGCGAUUUCGUUGACAACACGGAAAGCUUUGUAGCUGAGCUUGGGAAUGCAUAAAGUGGCACACCUUGGUGCACGGGCCUGGGUAAGUAAGGUAGUUUCAACUUCAAACGCUCGAGUUUGUACCUACCUGUGUCUUCGCUGGAUUCGUGCCAAUAGUUUCAUGUCGGAGGAACAAUGAGGUGAUCACGACGCUUAACCCUUUCGUGACUGGGUUCUUUCUGGAUCUUUCGCGGUUUUUUUUGUUCUGCCGGGAUCGAAUAGACCGAUGAGUCAUGAGACACACA